CAGUUUCAUUACGGUCAAAUCAUGGUGCGGUUCUACAAGCGGCGGUCAGAGCGGAAUAAUUGGCCACAAAGCAACCUGAAUGCGGCCAUCGAAGCUGUUAAAAACGGAACACCGAUUCGUCGCGCUUCCGCCGUCUACCAAAUUCCGAGAGCAACGUUGAAACGCUAUGUAAACAGUGUACGCCCGCCACAGAUCCAGAAACUUGGAGGAUUUUCCUGUGUGUUUACGGAAGCGCAAGAAUCGGAGCUACUGGACUACAUAUUGUUCAUAGAACAAAGCUUCUAUGGAAUCACCAUCAAGGAAAUCCGAAAAUUGGCCUUCGAUUUAGCUGAAAAAAAUGGCAUCAAUCAUCCAUUCAACAAAAAAAAUAAGGUUGCCGGAAACGAUUGGCUGACUGGUUUCCGUAAGCGCCACCCGCAAAUCUCCCUUCGGUCGCCUGAAGCAACCUCAGCAGCCAGGGCACAAGGAUUUAACCGUGUAGCUGUGGACAAGUUUUUCGAUCUCUAUGAAACAAUCACCCGUUCGAAGAACAUUCCGGAUCACAGAAUUUAUAACGUGGAUGAAACUUCCAUCGUUCCGGUCCAGUCCAAGCGAUCCAAAGUGCUUGCAUUACGGGGAAGGAGGCAAGUCGGCUGUUUGACUUCAGCUGAACGAGGAGUGUUAAGUACCGCUUGUAUUUGUAUGUCCGCUACCGGACACUUCAUCCCCCCAUUUGUAAUCUUCCCACGAGUUCGGAUGACGGACAGAUUGAAGCAAGGCGCACCUUCUGGAACCGUUUUCGCGUGCAAUCCCAGCGGCUGGAUGACUUCAGAAGGUUUCAACAAAUGGUUUGAACACUUUAUCAGGCACACAAAACCAUCGAUGGAGGAUCCAGUUCUGCUAAUACUCGAUGGCCACAGCAGCCACACAAAGAAUCUCGAGUUUGUCGAUCGGGCGAGAGAGUGCAGUGUCCACGUACUUAGCUUGCCGCCACAUUGUAGCCACAAGUUACAGCCCCUGGACGUGAGCUUUAUGGGACCGUUUAAAACGUAUUUUUCCCAAGCCAUUGAAAGCUACCUCAAAGAUAGACCAGGAGAAGUUGUGACAUUGAAUGAGAUGAGCUCCCUAUUAUCCACUGCGUACCACCGUUCGGCAAGAGCAGAAGUAGCGAUUAACGGAUUCCGCAAGACUGGAAUUGUCCCGUUCAACAGAUUCGCAUUCGCUGAUAGUGAUUUUGCUCCAUCAAUUGUUACUGACAUAGCAUUGUCGGAUGCAUUAGCUUGUGCUGCAGUAGAUCCAGCAGAAGAAGCACCUUCCAUCGAGACAGAUCCCGGGAGUAGAUUGCCGAGCGAGGCUAUCGCUACGACAUCCAAGAGGGACACGGCAUUUUCUAGUUUUCCAGAUUCUGAUGAUGAAGGCCCAUUUUACGGGUUUGGUCCACAAGUGCCCGGAACAGCUUCCACUACCAAGAGCAAGGUACAGAAGACAGGACCACAGAAAAACGACCAAACAAAGACCACUUGUGAAACCGAAGAUUUAGUGUUACCGCUUGCGACGGUAUCAGGCUUGACCGAGACUAAGGAAGGUUGUUUCAGCGUUUCUCCCUUCUCAAUUCGGCCGUUACCAAAAUCAAGUCGCAGGAAGACAAUGUCCACGAGAAAAACGGAAAAAGCCUCCAUCCUCACAUUGAGUCCGGAUCGAGAAGUGCUUAAGGCAUUGCACGCCAACAAAGAAAUCAAGCAAAUCCGAAAAAUUAAGCGAAGCUCUAAGAUUCAGUCCGACAAAGGAGGAAAGCGAAGGAAGCAAAACGAUGAGAAUGUUCCCCAGGACACUCUUUGUUGCUUAUGUGGGGAUCAGUUUAGCUCGUCCUUUGAGGGCGAAGGGUGGAACCAAUGCCAUCGUUGCCAUUCUUGGGUCCUUGGCUGCGAUGGAAAUAUUUGCCCAUGUUGAUGCAAACGUUGCGUUUUAUCAUUGAAUAUUUUGUAAUAUCGUCAUUUUUUUGUUAUGAUUUAUACCAAAAUGAAUUAAUUUGUAUAAAAUACAAUGAGCUGUUGUAAAAGUAUUGAAUUUUGUAUAUUCUUCUCUCUCCCGACCCAUUUUUGACAAAAGAACAGGUUUUUAGAAGGGUGGCCCAUAUUGCCCCGUAUAGUGGCUCAUAUUGCCCCGUACAGCCGGGAAUCACAUGAAAAUGUAUUACUAUGAAAAAUGUUUUCCAGCCAUACCCCUAAUUGUUUUUUUCGUUACUUCUCAACGCAAUAUGAAAGGGAAGACUUCAAAGCAUAAGUCAACUACAUUUUUGUUCCGCUUUUUUAAUAUUUUCUAUGCUUUCAACCACGAUUUUCUUAGGUGGCCCAUAUUGCCCCGAUUACCCCUAUAGAGUGAGCGUUAGAUUUCCGCUCUAUACUGGAACAUUUUCUUCUUUAGUAUUUUGCCACUGGGUAUUGCAUGCAAAUAUCUUGUUUAGUGUAGUGUUUUAUUUACAGGGCAAAUUGGCCAUUUACCCUAUUAAAACUAAAAGCUUGUUGAAACUAUCCUUAUAUUAUAGAUUGUUUAUGAAGUUGCUCUGCAUAGCUUAUAGGAUUCGCAAACUGCAAAUAUAUAGGUUAUGAUCUUGUUGCAUUUAAGUAUAAACAUAAUUUGAAGACAAUUUUUCGAUGUAUUGAAAGUUUCCAAAUAGGAUCAAUAACUAUGAAAAAUUUAGCA